UCAAAUUGAAUUGUGUCCGUGUCAAUAAAAAAAGUCGAAAAAAUGUUAUCUUUAUAUAAAGAAAUAUCUACUUUGUUAAAUAAGAAGCCCUGUAUAACUUAUUAUUUUUAAUUUAGUUGGAUAUUCAGAAAAAGCAGCCAUGCCUGAAGACAUGGGUACAGAACUUAAAAAGGUUCUAGAUGUCUUAGAAGAUGACACAUUUGACACACCAAUAUUAAGACAUCAGAAAUACAAAGUGUUACAAAAUGUAUUAGACAGUGAUGCAGAAUUAAACUUAACUGAUAUACAAAGAGUGCUAGCUGUUUGCUCUCAUAACAUAAAGGAUGAUAAGAAAUAUAGUGGCCAUUCACUAAACAUUAUUUCUUCAAUUCUAAAAAGAAUUAAGACAGGCCAAUUUGCAACAGUACCUGAUCUCUUGCCAUCAGCAUUAGCAAUCAUUAAAAUAAUGAAAACCACAGUUUUGGUAAGCAAAGCUGAGUCUUUGCAGAACUUGUGCUUUGAUACACUCAUGUUAUACCCUGAUGAAAUACUGGUGACUAUUGCUACUUCACACAUAGCGGAUGUGAUUGAACUCUUUCAACUGUACUGUCAUCAAAGAGUGUCUACGGAUGCUAGAUUGUUGCCUAGUGCUUUAUUGACAAAGCUGCUUAAAAUACUGCCACAAGAAAAAAGAACAAUAUUUGUUAAGGAUAACAUUGCGACUUGGUUCACAAAAUUUAUACCAUCAAUUUUGAAUUCAGAGUUGUGUGGUUUGAAUAAUGUUAAACAUUUUGAAGCUCUGGAGUUGUUGGCAGAGGAAUUGCAGCUUAUUGAAUAUUCUGAUAACCCACACUGGUGUAUACUAUUUGGAUGUAUUUAUAACCCAAAAAAAUAUCCGCUUAUCAUGAAAAGCCUUUUAGAUGCUGGCAAUCCCUAUUGGAACAGAUUAUGGAUUGCCUUUAUAAAAUUGUUAAAAAAUCAGAUCACACGUAGCAAUACGCAAGGAAGCCCUAUCAAUGCACUUUUACCAGUUGUGGAAUCGGCAUUUAAAAUGGAUGUACCAAAUAGAUGCCGAGCAUUUAAAUGUUGGGAAGUGCUCAUAGACAAUUUUUCUAAAGAAACCAAUGAGGUUUAUAUAGCCAAGAGAUUAAAGCUGUUAAUAAUACCGCUCCAUUCAAAUAACGCUAAAGUGGAGGAAACUGCAAUAGCCAAAUUGAACACAUGGUGGCAUUUGAUUAGACAGUUUCAAAAGAAAUUAAAUAAAUUUUUUGAUUCUGUUGUAAUAGCUUUUUUGAAUUUCUGCUUUGGUAAGAAUGUUGUGACACCGAAAGCUAAUUUUGUACCUGGAUUGAUCUCGAAUAAAGUUAAGAAGAUGUGCAUUGAAGCUUUCAUUAAUAUUGCUGGUCAUGUGGGCUGUUCCGGAUGCUGUAGUGUACCUGGAUUGGAUGUUAAACUGAUGAAUACUCAGGAGUUGGUAUGUUAUUGGAAUAACUUUGCAUACUGCCUUCGUAUUGUUAUAACUAUAGCUGCAGAUAAUGCAGUUGGUGUGACAACACAACAGGUGCAAUGCUUGUGGAAGUCCUUUGUGUUGACUAUUGGAGAGUUGCCCGAAAACAAUGUCAGAAGAGACAUAUUUAAUGAGUUACUGUCGGUGCUGGAAAAUUUGACACAGGUUGGUCAAAAUGCUGAUGAUGCUGGAAACAUUCAGUUGCCAAGUGUGGUACUAAAUUUAAUUUUUACAUUAUUCACUAAUGACAACAAGAAAAUUAUGUCUCUUCUCACUUCAAUGCAAGCAAAUGAGGGUCCAAUGUUUAAAAUUUUGUCCAUAAUUUUAGGACCAAUAUCAAAAUAUCUAUAUGAUAAGAAUGAUAGUGCAGGUUCAGUUAGCAAGUUGAAACCUGUUACAAAUUGCAUUUUGAACGAAAAAGUGUGUGAUGUGAGCAAUAUUGUUGAUGAUUGGUUGAUGAAGAAUUUAUCACCCAAUGAUAAUACACUCACGAUAUGGACCGCCUUAGCUCAAUCAAUACACGAAAAUAGUACUAAAAAAGACACAUUGAAUCUGAAAAACAUCUUAUUGUGGCCUUUGCAAAACAUGGGCAGAUUAACUGAUCUCGAAAUGGCAUCAUCGGCUUGGUAUAAUCUAUAUAUUUUGGCUUAUACAAACAACAGCAGUGUCGAUCACGAAAUCUCGAAAUUAAUUAAAACCAUGAAAAUCACAGACAAUAAUAAAGUUUUUGCGCUAAAUGCGUCACUAGCCAUUUUGAAAUUAAAAUUGGUACAAAGCAAUAUUUCAGGAAAUAACUUUGAGGAAGACAUACAUGUAAUUAAGGAUGCUAUGUCAAAGUUAGAAGAUUAUAUAUGCAUCGGAGAAAUCCUUCUAGUUCUUGUAGAUACCCUCAUACUUUUAACAAGUAAAAUUGCAGAAAUUCCCAAUGAUAAUGCCUCGGAACAUGCACUUAUAACUACAAUCAAAAUUUUGACUUUUUUGAAACAACAAUCACCAGAUGUUGUCAAAGGAUUACUUCAAUUUAUAGAGCAAGUACACAAAAAUAUUCGUUCAUUUCUUAAAAAUACGAGUUCUUCACAAUUGAAACAAAAAAUUAUAAAUGAAUUGGUAAAAUACGCAACACUUGAUAGUAAACACCAGCAUACAGAAAUCACCCUUUUUGUUAAGUCAUGUCUGGGUGAGGUAGAAGAAACUGAUAAAUCGUUUUACACAAGUAUGGAAACAAUCUUAAAUAGUUUAGAAAAGCAAACAGACUUUAAGAAAAAUAUUAAUUUUACAACACCAGUCACUAAAGCUAUAACUAGAAAAGCAAAGAAGAGGGAAGCUAGCAUAGUAAAUACUGUAGUUGAGAAUGGGGAAGAGUAUGUUGUAGUGAAGUCAAAUUGGAAAUUCAAUCCUAGAAAAUUGACCGAAAACCAGAAGGAAAAAUUACAAAGAAAAAGAGAAGAUAUACCAGCUCUCUAUCAAGAUUUAUCUCAGUCUCAAGAUGAGUUUAAAAUGAUAACAUGGAAAACCGAUUCCCAAGAUAGCUCAACAACAAAUAGUUCAAAAUCAAGUUUAAAAACUGGCGAACAACCGGCUUCUAUUCUUAAAUUUAUGCCUAGUUCGGAUGUUGUCCCUAAAAUAAUAGAAAAUAUUUUCGCUGAAAGUACUCCCAAAUCUGACGAGACAAAUGAGACAGUUCAUGAAGCUAAAAAGAAAUUAGAAGAAGAUAAUACGCUAAAAUUGAAACAAAUGUUAAACAAAGAUACAAAAUCGCCUCGUGUAGCUUUAAAAGAUAGAGUUUUUAGGAAUGUGAGAAAUUUAAUAGAAAAAUCAUCACUUACAUCAAAUUGUAAAGAUUUAUCACACAGUUUAAUUCAAAUAGAAAACGUCCCUAAAACACCAGUCGCCACAGAACUAAACGUUGCUAAAGAAAUUAACUCUGCUCCAUCAAAAAUUAACACAGAAAGACCAUCCCGUGUGAAAAGAAAACCAAAAAAAUUUGAUGACACUGAGUUGUUUGGCUUGAAAAAACGAAGAAAUUCUUCAGGUCUAAAUGAUUCACAAGUUACAAACGAAUCUCAAUCUCAAUCGGACGAUGAUGAUGAUAAUGUUAAAGCCAACAAAAGUGUAGACUUAGCUUUUAAUAAUGAAACGCAGACAAAUGAUGUCAAAUCUGAAUUGAAAAUAUGUGACGAAGAUUUGAAUAAAUCUAAAGAAGUAGUUCAGAGUGGUGUUGUCUCUUUGCAUGAAAAUGAGAUUGGUAUUAAUGAUUCUAAUGAUAAUGGUAAAAAUGAUCCAUUUAAAAUUGCAGUAACAAUGAUUUCCCAAACAGAAAAAGUUGAUGACACAAGCUCAAAAUGUGCACAGGAUAAAAAAUCGUUGACAACUCCAAAAUCGGUAAGGAAGAAAGAUCCACAAGAGACUUCGUCUAAAAAAAACACUCUUAAGAGAUCUAGAAUUGAAAAGGAAUUGGCAAUAGAUACUGUUGAAGGCCAUCCAUUUUUGAAAACAAAUACAGGUAAAAGAUUAACUAGGAAAAAUCUUAUCAAUUCUACCACCAGGAGAACCAGUUUAGUUGAUAAAAUGAAUAAAUCUAUUAAAACUCCUAUUAAACAAGAUAAGAAAAAAGAUAAAGAAAAGACUAAAGAUGGCUCAGAAAAAGAGAAAACUAAACACGUAUCUGCUUUCGAUAAAGUUGAGAAUCUGCAAAAUGAGAAUGGAGUAGGAACAGAAAAGGAGAUGAUAAAAGAUGAUUCUCCGAAAAACAAAGAACUACCACAAGACAGAAGUGUUGAAUCCAUGGAAAGUGGUCCUUGCUCAGAGGAUAUAAUCGAAAGUUCUCAAGAUUCAACAGUGACUACCAUAAGUGUUAAAUCAGCAAAACCAGUGAAUAAGAAACCAUUAGUAGUUUUAGAAAAUCUUCGUUCACUUGAUGAAUAUGUCGGGAAAGAAUUAGAAACUCAAAAUUUGUUGGAAGUAGAUGCUCCAAAUGUAACAUUUAAUGAGAAUAAAGAAGAAACUAAAGAGGAUAUAGAAAUACCACAGAAUAAAACUGCUGAAGAAGUUCAUAACGAAAUAGAUUUAACUGAAACUAUGGAUACAGAGCCUUUUGAUAGUGAAAUUGUAGAUGAGAUUAUUGUGAUACAUGACGAUGCCCCUAUAAUAUCUCUAGAUACAGACUUUAGUGUCGUGGGACCAGAAACACAGGCACUUGCAGAAGCCGAUACAUUGCCAAAUAGUAUUGAUGAUUCUGCAGAAAUUCCGACAGAUAAAUCUGUUGUUGAGUUAAAUAGAAGUACAGUUGAUAAAUCAGAUUUAAAUAAAUUGAAUAUGGAAAAUGACAUCAAAGCGCAAGUUGUUACAGAAUGUAAUAAAAUUGAUAAAGAUGUAGACAUUACUGUACACGAAACAAUAGAAGUACCAUCAGAAAAAGAUAAUGACGCAUCUUCUCCAUUCAGAGAUGAUGUUCAAAGAAAACAGGAUUUCUUAGAUAAUACAUUUGAGAUAUCGCCUAUCAAGACUAUGAGUCCUGAUAGAGAUAAAAAAUCACCAUCGCCAGAAACCAGUAAUGAUUAUGUUGUUAUUAAGUUGUCUUCGCCAGUGCAAAGUAAUGGGGAGCCAUUUGAGAAGUUCGAUUCGCCGGAAAUAUUUACUGAAGAGAAGAUAUCGCCAGAGAAACGGGAUCAAUCGCCCCCCAGAGAUGCUGUGGCUGUAAAUACAAGCCCGAGUUCAAGUUUAUCUUUAAAGAAACAUCGACCUCAAGUAAGAAGUGGCGGUCGCGCUGCGCAAAUGUUGGGUCUUUGCGUGCCUGAUCGAUUACAGACCCUUAAAAGUUCUGAAAGGUCAGAUCUUGAGGAACCUAAAAGGAAUAGUAGUACAUUGUCUACACCUGCAAGAAGGAAUUUGAGAAUGUUAUACAAUUCUGUCGCCGAUAAUGGUGAAAAUUUAGAAGACAAUGAAGACAGUGAGAAUUUUUUGAAAUUAAAAAGAUCUUUGCCUACAGCAGAUAGUAGCCCAUCCGUACCUAUACUGAAAAGGAAAUUGGUUGAUAUUACUGACGAGGCUACAGUUUCCCCUGCCAGCAAAAGGAAACGAGUUAGCUUUCACGACCCUCCAGUAUCAACCACAAUAUCGGUACAUAAGUAUAUAGAACCCUGUGGCAUUAGAUCUCCGCAAAACUCUGCACUGAAGCGUCAAGAGAGACAAUUGAGGUCACAGUCUAAUAUGAAGUCUCAAAAAAAACUUGACUCUGUAUUUAAGUUGGAUACAGUUCUAAACAAGGCUGUUGAAAGUUUUGACGACUCUGAAAAGAAUUUGAGCUCAGAAGAUACUCAAAUGACUUCUUUGGAUGAAACUCCAGUGGCAGAAAUAGUCAAGACCAGUGAUCUUAAUGAUACAGACCCAAUAUGCCCUGAUUUAGUUCAUUGUACUGACCCGAUAGAUGCUAUCGCUUCAGAGUUAUCCUCUCCAGCCACAAAGUUAAUGUUUUUGAAGGAAUUAGAGGGUAAAAUUGUGACAAUCGGUGAUCUGGCAAAGAUGACCGAACUGGAAGUUAAUAGGUUAUGUAUUAAGGCUCCUAAAGUAAAGAUAGCAAAGAAGGUUUUGACUGAUUAUGCUUUGAAGAUGGUUCUUGUGGAUCAAGAAAAACAAAUUGUACAUGAAGCAAUUGAAAUGCAAGAACCGCCUAAAGAAAUUGUACCUGAGACUCAAAGAUGUGAUGCUGAAAUGCAAACUAAUAAUGUAGUGUAUAGUGAUACGGAAAUGCAGACAGAUAUCAAAGACUUUGCGUCGGUGGAUAUGCAAACUGAUAAUAAAGCCACAGCACAGAGCUACACGCAAACAAUACAAUCUGGAAGCAAUUCGACGGAAUUUGUAAUUGCGUCGUGUCUGACUGAACGACCAGAUUUCAUUGAAGAAUUGAAUAAAAAACUGCCAGAUACAUCGAAACAGGAGAUUGUAGAUAGCGUAUCAUUCGAUGUUCUCAAAAAUUCAUUCCUGAAUAAAAUCACCCACGACAAUAGUUCGGGUGUAAUAAAUGAUGUAUUAGAAAAGACUGUAUCUGGUGAUACAGAUUUGAGGCGUUUCCAAACAUAUCUCAGUAAAACAUAUAAGCCUAGAGAACUUAUCCUAUUUUGCAGUGAGUUAUUGCACAAGAUACAUGAUAAAUCUAUGCUCAAAUGAGAUACAAUAUUUGUAUGCAUAUACAUAGGUUUAAAUGAUUUAUUUGAAUCGUAAAGUUUACCAUUGACAUAUCUUUUUAAAGAUGGUAUUAAAUAUGUCAUAAGGGGAAAGAUCAGAAACGCCUAAAUUGGAUUAUCCUAAAAAAUACGAUAUUUAAAGCUUUAUUCCAGUUAAUUACAAAUUUGUUGUACAAAUUUUAACUUGUUUGAUCGUCGAGUUCCAAUUGCUUUAUUGGAAUAAAUCUUGAAAUAUAUGUAUACGUACAUUUUAUGUUUAAUCUUUAAUUGUUAGCAUUAUUAAAGUUAAUUAUUUCGUAAGUAGGAUUAAGAAAACAAAAACAAAUGUUAUCAAAAAUUAUUUAUUUCAUAAAACAAGAUCAUAAUAUUUACAAUAUCAGUCAUGAUUCGUCGACCUUUUGGUCAUACAAAUUAGUUCAUCCAUACAAACCUCUUAUUACCACGAAAUGCAAUGGCGAUUAUCCUAUAUUGUAUGAAUGAAUCUCUAUUGUGAAGUGGUAAAAUAGUAAGUAACAUUAUGUCGAUAGAGUCUACAUGCGUGUGAAUUCUGUAAUUUAUUUUAUAGAACGAACGAACUUACAUCGAGGGUUCGUACGCAGUCAGCAGCCAUUAUCAGAGUUCUUUUUAAGUGUCUAUUUCAUGUAAUCAAUAUAUCUAGAAAUUUACCUUCACUUAUUUCAAAGUGUGUCCUUGUCUUGUCUUUUGGUAAUUUUUCUAAACGCAAGAAUGGAAAAAGUCUUGGAAAAUUUGUUUUACUUGAUUAGCUCUUUUUGGAAUUGCAUCAGGUCUAUAAUAGAUGAAAUUUUCAACAUCACCUGACGCGUGUCAAUGAAUCUUUAUGUGAAUCUGAAUUUGAAUGUUGCUAUCAGCGUGUAAACCCUAUCAAACAAGCGAAAUCACGAAAUAUAUUUUUUACAUGGCAGCAAGAUAUAUCACACAAAUAUUUACAGGAAACAACUAUAGACAAGUAACCUUAAAGCUUUAAUAUAUAACACCAAGACACUUAGCUUAUGUAUAACACACUUAUAUGUACACAAUCGAAAGAAAAUAACUUAAAAUCAGAGUUUGUA